GGUAUGUCUGCAGUAUAAAAAGACGUCCACGACAUUGAUCCGCCACUUGAUACGUUUCAAUCAUGUUUGCUAUCCUUCUUUUAGCAGCAGCUGUGUCUGCGGCCCCCCACGCCCCAGUGCCCGCUCUUUAUGAGCCAAACAACCAAAUCGUCAAUGGUGAAAUCGCCAGACAGCACGAGUUCCCAUUCCAAAUCUCCCUUAAACGACAGGGACUUUUUGGAAGCAGUCACAGUUGUGGAGCUGUCAUGAUUGAUUCUACAUGGAUUAUGUCCGCCGCUCAUUGCACACAGGGAGGACGUCAAGAAUUGGAGUUGGUUGCCGGAGCACACCGAAGAAAUCGCGAAGACGUCACUGGAGCUGAACAAGUCCGAACAGUUUCGCAACUUGUAAACCACCCUGGAUUCCGCAAUGACGGUUCCCAAGGAUUCCCCGAUGACAUCUGUCUCAUGAGAGUGAAUCAGCCAUUCAGCAUUGAUGGACGAACAGCUGCAGUAAUCCCAAGAGCCAGUGGUAGCACUGAUUUCGCCGGACAAAGUUGUACCAUCUCUGGGUGGGGUGACACCACCGCUGGGGAUGGCGUACCUGCUGAUGCACUUAGGAAAACAACACUUCCGGUCCUGUCACAAACAGAGUGUGCAGCCUUUUGGAGCCAAGUCAACUUCGCUCGCCACAUCUGUAUCUUCGAUGUGUCCGGAAACACUGGAUCAUGCCAGGGUGACUCCGGUGGCCCAAUGAGAUGUUCCGAGGGAGGACAAAAUGUCGUUGCUGGAGUAACUAGCUGGGGAGUUGUCGGAUGCACCGGAAUGCCAAACGUGUACACCAGAGUUGCUUCUUACAACAGCUGGAUCUGCCAGACCACUGGCAACGCCGUCCAAGGUUGCUAGGAAUUGAAUUGUCAUGAAUUUAAAAAUAAUUUAUAAGAAAUUGUACACACAAGAAUAACACAUUCGUUUAGUUUUAUGAUUGCUAAAGACGUCUAGCUAUUUAAAUAUAUAUGCCUGUUGUUUCUAAACUGAUGAAUGUUACUCAGGGGGUCAUUAAACAGAAACGUAUUAAGUUAUUUUAGAAAUUCCAAGUCCCUUGUUACUUUACUAUGUCAUCAUAAUAUCACUGGUUACUAUAAUUGAUUCCGGAACUCCUAACUUUGCAAGUUUCUUGAAACACAAUGUACUCUAAGAUGGGAUAACAUUGGCAUCGUCAUGCGUAUGGGCAUCGAGUUUAAUGAGGUUCAACACCGACGUUAAUAU